CAAUUUUUAUUCUCUCUCUCUCUGUCGUUUAUUAUUAAAAAUACUAUUUUUUGGAUUUUUUUUUUUUAUAUUUCUGUGAUUGGAAGUAUGAACUUGGGCAAUGAAGGUGCCCAGUUGGGUCAAGAAAGGGAAUAAUGAUGUAUAAUUCAAUCGGUAGAAUAGUUCUUAAGAAAGAGGAAUGUGGUUGGGAAAUUCAAACCUGGAAAUCUAAUGCUGGAAAAUCAAUGAGGAAUUCUUAGAUCACAAGAUAUUGGGGGUAGUAAAGCUAUAGUCAAAGCAUAAAAUAGUAUUGGGGGAAAAUUUGAGAAGAAUGGUGGUUGAAAUUAGGAUAGUGGCUGGGUGGCCACAAGAAGUGGUGGUGGUGAUGUUGGGUACUGAUUAGUGGCUGAGGAAUUGACGUGAUCAAUUUGGUGAGGUUGAGGUGAUGGUGGGGUGGAUUGACAAAAGUAUUUGAGGUUGGGGAGGUGGUGGCCGAUCAUUGAGGCAAGAAACUACCAUUUCAUAGCUAGUUGUAUGUGUCCUGUAUUGCUGUGUAGAUGUAGGACAGUGACUUUCAGGAUUGUGGCUGAAGAAAUCGGUUUUUGGUAAUUUCGAUGCUAUUGAAAUGUCAGAUUUGUUUGUCGUUAGGAUUUUCACAUCGCCUAGAGAUAAGCCCUGGAAAGCCAUUGUAAGAGUUUGGGCAUCCUCCAUUUCAUGAGCUAACUUUUGGGAGUGAACUAAGUACAUUAUCCUAAUAUUUUUUUGGUGACUACAUUCAAUCCUAAUAUGCAAAACAGAAACAUGUCUAGUGGAUAUACCGUAGAAGUUACCAGUCUAUCGCCAAAAGCCACUGAGAAGGAUGUGUACGACUUUUUCGCAUUCUCUGGUGCAAUUGAGUAUGUCGAAAUUGUCAGGUCUGGUGAUUAUGCUUGCACUGCAUAUGUGACAUUCAAAGAUGCUUAUUCCCUAGAAACUGCUUGCUUGCUAAGUGGAGCCACGAUUUUAGACCAAAGUGUAUGCAUUACUCGCUGGGGGCAGUAUGAAGAUGAGUUCGAUCAUUGGAACCGGCCAUCCUAUAACCAUGACGACGAUUCAUCAACUACGCUACAAAGCCACCAAUUUGUUUCCUCUGCCGGAGAAGUAGUUACAGUGACUCAAGAAGUCGUCAAGACCAUGAUAGCAAAAGGGUAUGUCCUCAGCAAAGACGCAUUAGCCAAGGCUAAGGAAUUCGACGAGUCCCACGGGGUUUCAGCCACGGCAACAGCAAAGGUAGCCGAGCUGAGCCAGAGAAUUGGCCUCACUGACAAGUUAUCAGCUAGCUAUGAGGCCGUUAGAUCCGCCGAUCAAAGGUAUCAUGUAUCAGAAACAGCCAAGUCAGCUGCAUUUGCCACGGGACGAUCUGUGGCUGCAGCUGCGAACACUGUAGUUAAUAGUAGCUAUUUCUCUAAAGGUGCCUUCUGGGUUUCCGGUGCUUUAACCCGGGCAGCGCAGGUUGCUUCCGAUUUAGGUAACCGUGGAGCUAAAAAUUGAGCCAUUGCCGUAAGUUGAUAGCCAUAA